GGUCCGUACACGUUCAAUUUACAGCGACGAGAAAGCAUUGUUCGAAAAAAAAAUGCACGUGUGUGGUACACAGGGGAUUCCCUAAUGACUGACUAGCCACGUCAUCCAGUGACAGAAACUUACAGGUGAAAAUUCCAGAUGAAGUACCCUGGCUCAGUAAUAAGUAGACCCCUACUGUUGGGACUGGGCGCGGUCCUCAUUGUUUUCUUCAUUAUCAACGUCUCGUACGACAUUGAGAAAAAACGAGAGACCGAAAAAAGGCGCGAAAAGCGGAAACACCGUCAAAACUUGGACAGUUUGCUGUUCCACCCUCGCCAGAAUCAUCAAGGCCGGAAGUCGGUCGGGAACCUGGAUUGGCACAGUGGUGACGUCAUUCCUGUAUUUUUCCGCAAAAAUGUAAAAGAAAUGAAAAUUAACUGUGAACCACUUUUCAAGGGAUCCAUUACAGCCCAAUCAAGAGCAAGACACAUGAAGCAUCCGCGGAGGGAGAUCUCACCGUCCAUGUACGCAUUACUGACCAAGAAGUGCGUCAGAUUCAGGCACUACCGUAACUACAUCACGGGUCCUCUGACAAGUAAAGAAAACAAGUUUCCCGUGGCCUACAGUAUCAUCAUGAAAGACUCGGUCUUCCAGUUUGAGAGUUUACUGCGCGCCAUCUACCGGCCGCAGAACAUCUACUGCAUUCACAUCGACCAAAAUAGUCCCAAGGAAAUCCGACAGGCCGUUCAAAAUAUCGCAAGCUGUUUCCAGGAGAAUGUAUUUACUGUAAGCGUCGCGCGCAGUGUAACCAAGGGAACGCUAUCACAUUUGCAGGCCGAGCUCGGCUGUUUACGAAGUCUUCUGAAGCAUCCCGAAUGGAAGUACUUUAUCAAUCUGUCGGAAAACGACUUCCCGUUGAAGAUAAACAGCGAUAUUGUCAACAUUCUGACGUCAUUAAAAGGCGCCAACAGUAUACCGGGAAUUCCCUUAGAUCAGCGGGCCGAAAAAGACAUGGGAAAGUUACCGUCAGGAGUCAAGCCUUACAUUGGAGAAGGUGACGUCAUAAUGAAUAGAGAGACCGCCCAUUUUGCUGUCAAUAAUCCUCAAGCACAAUCUGUGCUAAAGUGGGCGGAGAAAACACAGCAUCCUCAGCAGACGUUUUACGCUACACUGAACUACAACCCUCGACAGUUCAAGAUAAAAGGGUCAUACAAAGGGCCCCUUGAUUUCCAAAAUCUAAAAAGUCUAGAACAUAUAGCAAAAUUUGUGGAUUCAAAGAACGCCUCCAGUCAUGCGUGUCAUGGUUCUAGAUCCUUUCACGGGUACUGCACGUUUGGCGUGGGAGAUUUGCCGUACCUCAUAAACCGGAAGGAGCUGUUUGCUUUCCGUUUCCGGUGGGAUAUAGAUCGCCUCGUUUUACAGUGCAUGGAGCAAAUGAUUUACCAGAGAUCCAAAGAACAAUUCAUGUAUCCCAAGGAUUACGAUUUGUCUUUUUACAAACAUUUAGAAAUCGUAAAGCACCAGCUAUGAAAGAAAAAAAAAACAAGACACAAAAAUAUUUCGUUUUUUUUAAUAUUAAGUUAACGUAUUCAUUAAAAACAUUAAUUAGUUGAUAUGUUCAUUAGCCAUUCGACGAUCCGGUGGUGGUUGCUGAUGUUGAAGAAGACGAUGAAGAAG